AUGCAGUUUUCUGUUAUAUCAUUACGAAUUUCAUCACUUUUUACAAUACUCUUAAUAAUUUUCUGUUUUUUGCCUUUACAAUUUAUUAUUGCUGAUUCGCAACAAGAAGAUGUUGUCGCACCAAUUUCUUCCAGCCAAGACAAAGUUGCAGUGGUUGAUUCAAGUCAACAGCAAAUCCAAAACCAACCACUUUCUAAGAAGCCUCCUCAGUUAACAACAACAGAAAGUCAAAUUAACAACAAUAAUGAUAUAACAACUAGUAGUUUACCACAGAAUCAAAUUCUUCAAUCUCAACCACCACUACAAUCACCGCCAUCAUCGGAACAAUUGACACCAUCACCGCAGCCACCACCACUACAAUCACCAUCACCACCACAACUGCUACAAUCACCAUCACCACCACAACUGCUACAAUCACCAUCACCACCACAACUGCUACAAUCACCACAAUCGCCUCCACUACAUUCACCUUUAUCACCACAAUCGCCACAAUCACCUUCACUAGAAUCAUCUUCAUCACCACAAUCGCCACAAUCACCUCCACUAGAAUCAUCUUCGCCAUCACAAUCGUCACAAUCACCUCCACUAGAAUCACCUUCACCACCACAAUCGCCACAAUCACCUCCACUAGAAUUAUCUUCACCAUCACAAUCGCCACAAUCACCUCCACUAGAACCAUCUUCACCAUCACAAUCGCCACAAUCUCCUCCACCAAAAUCACCUCCACCAAAAUCACCUCCACCACAAUCACCGCUAACAGAUCAAAAAAUACAAGAUCCUUCUCAACCAGCACCGCCAUUUUCCCCGAUCCAAAACCUACCAAUAUCACCAUCACAAUCACCUUCAUUACCAUUACAAGAAUCACCUUCUCCGCCUCCAAUUCCACCAAAGUUGUCUGAUCCUACUAAUCAACAAACUCUGCCUUCAAGUUCGAAGAGUCCAAAUGUGAAAAUAACCACAAUUGAAUUUCCUACUCUUUCCACACCAACCUUGUCCAAAUCUAAUAAUUCGCUUAUGAAUAUACAAAUCCGAAAACUUCGUUGA